CCCACGUAAAACCGGGCAGAGUGUAAUAAUACGCGGGAUCGAGUCUCGAGUACGCGCACAUCGAGAACGUGUGGACACGGUUUUCCAUUCAAACGCUGGGCGAGUAUAGCAAUUUGUAUUUGAAAACAGAUGUCUUGCUGUUGGCCGAUAUUUUUUGAAAAUUUUCGUGAAAGCUGUAUAACAAGUUACGGACUCGAUCCCGCGUAUUAUUACACUCUGCCCGGUUUUACGUGGGAUGCCAUGCUGAAGCAUACAAAAUUUAAUUUCGAAUUACUAACAGAUAUCGACAUGGUCCUGUUUAUCGAACGCGGUAUACGCGGCGGAUUAAGUCAAUGUUCAGGUAGAUACGCGAUAGCUAAUAAUAAGUACAUGCAGUCGUACGAUCCAUCGAAAGCGUCGUCGUACUUGAUGUACUUUGAUGUGAAUAAUCUGUAUGGGUGGGCAAUGUGUCAACCAUUGCCAUAUGCAGAAUUUCGAUGGGUCGACAAGGUUGCAAAUUUUGACGUGUCUUCGAUUGCUGCCGAUUCGCCCACGGGUUAUAUUCUAGAGGUUGAUCUAGAAUAUCCGCAACGCUUGCACGACAUUCAUGCGGACCUGCCGUUCUGUCCCACACGUGCCAAACCACCUGGCAAAAGAGAGGACAAGCUGCUCGCAACUCUAUACGAUAAGCAGCGCUACGAUAUCCACUAUCGUAACCUGCAGCAAUGAACGCGACAUGGUAUUCGUAUUACAGAGAUACACCGCGUCCUCCAAUUCGCACAAUCACCCUGGCUCCGCAAUUACAUCGAAUUAAAUACAAAGUCUAGAACUCUCGCUACAAACGAUUUUGAAAAGAAUUUGUAUAAAUUAAUGAACAAUGCGGUAUUUGGCAAAACUAUGGAGAAUGUACGCA